CUCAUGCGGAUCGGUUCAGUCUCGAGCAGUUUCGCGUUUCGUAUCACGUUGAAUUGUAGUUUUUCGUUCUUUUUGAAUAAAUUCACCAAUAUGUGAUCAAUGGGUUGCUCAAACAACUAUAGUUAUAAGUUAGUUGACAAGUGACAGCGAAAUCAAUAUUUGAGCAUUCAUAGCGAAAGUUCAAGGAAGUUUAUGUACGUUAUUGGUUGACAAUUUAAAAUUGUUGAUACACGUGCCGCUUGGUGUUGUUAUAAGAAGAGCCAUCGGUAGAGUCAAAUUCUGGAUACAGAUAGGCUGUUCCUGGAUUGUGCUAGGCCAAGCUUGAAUCGGAGGGAAGCUUUUUUUAGGAUAUUCAACCCUUCGGUUUUCACAUAUCGUAUUCACCUUGGCUGGGGGUAGCGAGAACAGGAUUGGCGGUGGGGCGGUUCAGAGGGCCGAAGUUCCUCGCAGGCGUCCUCGAAGUAGUAGCAUUUGCCAAUCCGAACGUGACGUAAUGAUCGACAACGAUGAGGACGAAGAUGAUUACGAAGGAUACUUUCUUCGGCCGGCCAACGAGUACAAUAUCAAGGAAAAGAUAAAAAUUGCCAACCAGGAAUCAUUCGCCAUUCCGACGCCGCCGUCCCCGAAAUUUAUCCCCGGGGAACGGAGGGUCACCUUUCGGGAGCAGCUGGUGGACUACGAACCGGACGAAUACAGCGAAGCCGAGGAGGAAGAUCCAGUUCCGGACAACGGAAGUGGAGGAGCUGGUCCUGGUUCUUUCGCUGUAACAAACGGCAUUCACAACGAUGAUUCGGAAUCUUCACCGGAACUGAACGAUCGAGCGCAGAGCAAAAACGCCGCCGGAGACAUGGACGAGGUCGACGAAGACAUCAUCGAAGAGCUGAGCAUCAACGACACCGCAGAGGAGGAGGUUGUAUCGGGUGUAGAAAAAUCACAAGACGAAGAAGAACAGGAAGCGGAGGAGGAAGAGGAAGAGCACGAGGAACAAGAAGAAGAGCAAGGGGAAGAUGAGGAGCUCGAAGAGGAGGUGACGGAAUCAAGUUUGGAUACAGAAAUACACAAUCCCGAAACAAGCGAAGACAGCAGCAGUCCAACGAAGGCACGUGCCAGUGAGGAUGGUUCCGGAUCGGGAGAUAAUCCGGAGCUGAUCAACUAUUCCGAUGAUUCGCAGAACGAUGAAGAAAAUUCCGAAGAAAGGCGGAUGCGCAAGGAAGAGCUAAUGAAGGAAUCACUGUCGUACAGCGAUGCUGAUAAAUCGGAGCAGGCGAACGAAUAUGAUGAUGAAGGAGAAGAGGACGACGAAGAGGCUACGGAAGAGCGCGACGACGAUGACACAAGUGACGACAGUCCAGUGCUGGCGCAUCUUAGAAAACGUGCGGAAAAGUGCCAGAGGAAAUGUUGCCGCCAUAAAAAAAGAGUAAACGAUAAGCUGCCUUACUACAAUGGAUUCCACUCCGAGUACGGUUUAUCACGCGAUGAGCUGAUAGCAAAACAGAAACGUGUCGAAGCGAAGAAGCAGCGAUUUCACGAACGAACGCAGAAGAAAAUAGAAGAACAACAAAUCAAAGCCCAAACCAAUGAGGAAGCGUUUGCAUCUUGGUUAAACAAAAAGCUGAAGAAUUCUCUGAACAAGUAUCACAAUAUGUACGAUUACAAGGGGAAGAAACAUAAAAAGCGAUUUUCCAAAGCCGACACAUCGAGCAUUGUAUUGGCUGAACUAGUGAACUAACUAAGACAAUUAGCGAGAAGUUUUACUUGGUUUAAGGCCAUUUUUGGGGGCAUGUUGAUCAUGUCAGAUGGCAGUUUGGUUGUAUGUAUUUGGUAAGAAAACAAACAGUACGAAAUAAAAUUUAUCAGCAUUACCUGUA